UUUUUAUUUUUGUUGUUGUUAGUAUUAUUAUUAUUAUUUCCUCUCUGCCCUACUUCAAUUGGGAGGCAUACCAUCCGAAAAGGUUGGUUGGGCUCCGUUAGCAACCACCACCGUUUCUUUCGACGACCGGCUAGAGCCGGCCAGCAACGCCCUCAACUUUGUUUGGAUUUCCAUCGCCAAACCUUCCAACACGCUACACUUCUCUUCCAUAGCACGACAACUCGCCCUUCGCCAAUUGCUCUCUUCGUCUUAUAAAGAGCGAGGGAGUGUUGUCCGCUGCCAGCUGUUCCGAAAAAUACCUUUAGUCCAACUGUUGACUGCCUGCCCCUGUUUAGCAGCUUUUGCUUAGCAGCUAUGAGCGACUUUCAGCAAGUACGUGGCAGAGGUCGUGGUCGCGGUGGUGAUGGUGGUGGUGGUCGAGGCAGUGGUCGUGGUGGUGACGGUCGAGGUGGUGGCCGAGGCGGUGGCCGCGGCGAGUUUCGAGGCGAUUCUCGGGGCGGUGGAAGAGGCGGAGGUGGCCGCGGUGACUUCCGAGGCGAUUUUCGGGGUGGAGGCAGAGGCGGUGGUGGUCGGGGCGACUUCGGGGGUGACUACCGGGGUGGAGGGAGAGGUGGCGGUGGCUUCCGAGGAGGUAGGGGAGGCGGCGGCUUCAGUGGUCCCAGACGGGAGGACGAACCUGAAGUCUUCCGUCAGGAAGGUUUCGGGGCCCCCUCUGUUGAUACUGCAAUUCAGAAGCUUGAAGACUCGCUGGUCAAGGGCCACCAAGACCAAGGAACCGCCCUGGCCAAGAAGAUGGCCAGUCUCAAACUUGCGGGGCCUGGAGGCGAUGAAAAUAUCUUCCCGCUUCGUCCUGGCUUCGGUACCCAGGGCGUCAAGGUCCUCCUGUACGCCAACUACUUCCGUCUCGACGUCAAGCCCGGUGUCCUGUACGUCUACAACCUCGAGGUAUACAAGGGCAACAUGAGAGCCGAAGCCACGGGUCGCAAGCUGCGCCGCAUUAUCGAGCAUGCGGUCGCCAAGCUGCGCCAGAUGGAUCCCAGCGCCGUCCUGGCUACCGAGUUCAAGAGCAAGCUCGUCUCCCUGAAGAAACUGCAGCUCCAGGGCGACGUCAUUGAUGUCGAUAUCGAGUCCGGCAGCGGCAACAACACCGAUAGUUACGUUGUCCGACUCACAGACCCCCUCGAAGCCGACAUCGCCGGCGCCCGGAAGUAUGUCAACGACAUGAACGACCCCACAGACCCUCUCGGCCAUAGCUUCCCCAAGUUUGCCAUUGCCGUCGACGCCCUCGGCAUCAUCCUCGGCUACAAAGGUCGCAGCGCCGAAGACGUGGCUACCGUCGGCACCGCGCGUUUCUUUCCCGUCGGCGUCGGCAGCGCCCAGAGCCAACUGGGCGACAGGAACAGGCUCUCCGCCGUCCGCGGCUACUUCCAGAGCGUGCGCCUGGCCACCGGCGGGCUUCUUCUCAACGUCAACGUCACCCAUGGCGUCUUCAAAGUGGCCGUCUCUGUAGCCGAACUCCUCCGGUGGUCCGGCUUGGACGUCUUCGGUGGCAAGGGCCAACAGCAUCGCGGGAUUGAAUCGAGGCUCAGGAUGGUGAACAAGUUCCUGGCCAAGACCCGCGUUAGGUACGUCUUCAGGGACGCGAAUGGCAAAGACAUCGAAACCAAAAAGACCAUUUGCGGCCUAGCGAACCGUCGCGAGCUCUCCCGAGCGGUGGUCAAUGGUGGUGUUGUGCAGAUUGACACCUCGUCCGGCUUCGGCGGCCCUAAGGAGGUCAAGGUCCGCUUUGUGCCCUAUGAGGGAGAGACGACUGUCCUGGGAGGGAAACCCCCGGGACAGUACACCGUCGCCGAAUAUUGGAAGUGGAAAUAUGGGCAAGAACCGGAUCCCAGCCUUCCGCUCAUCAACCUCGGGACCCCCGACAAGCCCCGAUAUGUCCCCGCGGAGAAAUGCACCAUCGCCGCCGGUCAGGCUGUCAGAGCCAAGUUGUCGGGUGAUGAGACGACGGCCAUGCUACGAUUCGCCUGCCGCUCACCGUUCGCCAACGCCCUGUCCAUCACGACUACGGCUCGUGACGCACUCGGUCUCGAUAACAAUCCCGAACUAGAUCGUUUCGGCGUCCAGGUCGACAAGAAGCUUCUCAUCGUCGACGGCCGCGAGCUGAUGUCGCCCCGGAUCGGCUACAGAGACCCUAGGGCGGAGCGGGAGAAGGUCGCCAACACCGCCAAGGGAGGGUGGAACAUGAUUGACGUAAGGGUAGCCAAGGCCGGCACCGUGAUCUCCAACUGGGGAUGGCUACAGAUUUUCGGCAACCGGUCCUACAAUGCGGCCGAGGCUGUGGGGAAGUUCGUUGAACAAGUCAACGAUAAGAUGGGCAUCCUCAUCGACAAGAAGACCACCGGUCGCGGCAUCGAGGUCCACAUGUCUCCGCAUGACAACUACGAGGCCAAGCUGCGCGACAUCUUCAGGUCCCUAGCGCAGAAGGUCCGCCCGGGGACCAAAUUCUUCCUCUUGGUGAUCCUUCCGGCCCAGGACACGGGUCUUUACAGCGCCGUCAAGACCCUGGGCGACGUUGAAUACGGCUUGCACACGGUAUGUGCCGUUGAAAAGAACUUCAACAAGGCGAGCCCCAUGACUUUUGCCAACAUCGCGCUCAAAUGGAACCUCAAGAACGGCGGGAUCAACCAUCGGGUCCAGAAUCAGAUCCCCAUUGUCAGGGAUGGAAAGACCAUGGUAGUGGGCUACGAUGUGACCCAUCCCACCAAUUUGAGUUUCGCUAUCAGGGACAAGGAGAAGGCGGCGGCCAAGAGCAGAGAGGGGCCGCCGGAAGCCGGGCCUGAGAAGGCCGCGGAGGAGAAGGCCGAAGGGGAGGAGGCCAAGGGCGGCAAAGGCAAGGGGAAGGGCAAGGGCAAGGGCAAGGGAAAAGCCCCUGCAAAGCAGCCGGAAGAGAAGUCGGCGCCCCCUCCGGGUUCGGCAAUGAAGAGGGAGGACUUGCCGCCCAGUCUGGUGGGCCUGGUAGCCAGCAUCGACAAGGACCUCGGCCAAUGGCCUGCGGUGGCGUGGGAGCAGCACUCGCUCCAGGAAAUGCUCGAUCACCACCUGGCGCGUAUGUUCGGCUCGCGACUCGACCUCUGGGCCAAGCACAACGCCGGGAAGCUUCCCGAGUACAUCGUCAUCUACCGCGACGGUGUAUCGGAAGGGCAGUUCAGCCAGGUGCUGAACAUGGAGCUGCCACACAUCCGCCGGGCGUGCCAUGAGAAGUACAAAGCCAAGAACUUGAAGCCGCCCAAGCUGUCCAUAAUCGUGUCGGUGAAGCGGCAUCAGACGCGGUUCUACCCGGCCGAGGAGGGCCACACGACGCAGUCCCGCAACAUCAAGCACGGCACCGUGGUGGAUCGCGGCGUGACGCAGACGCGGUACUGGGACUUCUUCCUCACGGCGCACAAUGCCCUCCAGGGGACGGCUCGCCCCGCACACUACACCGUGCUUCUCGACGAGGUCUUCUGCUCCCGUCACGGGACUACCAGCGCGGCGGCUGAUGAGCUGGAGAAGUUCACUCAUGAACUCUGUUAUCUGUUCGGACGGGCCACCAAGGCUGUUAGUAUCUGUCCGCCGGCGUACUACGCCGAUAUUGUGUGCGAGCGUGCACGUGUGCACCGCUCUGAGAUGUUCGACGUCUCGGAAACGGCAUCUGUUAUGACAGGAGGAGGAGCAAGAGGAGGCGCUGCAGACCCUCUGGACCCGCUGAGUGAUCCCAAGGCUGUGCACCCGAAUCUCAGGGAUACCAUGUACUACAUUUAAGCUGCGGCUAUCUGCUUUCUGUCUCUCUUUACUUGAUGGUACGGGUCAUAUCGGACUUUCAUGCGAUGGAUACAUGAAAUGUCCUUGUUGGAUAAGGGAUGGACGCCAGCAAAACAUCUUGGAUGUUAGGUGCGGUGCUCUAUUUGAGGUUUGAUGACAGAGACAGACUGCAUUUAACUCUCUCAGGCA